GAAGAAUGCAUGGCAUUCGUCUUUUUUACUAACAACUAAAUUUUUGUUACGUGUUUUUUCAAUGCAUUGGCUGUUAGAAUGAAAUCAAAUGAGACAAAGGCAAUAGGAAAUCACCGCUAGUGGAUUAGUUUCUGUUGAAAUUAUCUCCACAUGAAGCAAGGCAUGACCACAUUUUGUGAUUAUAUGCGGACUUCAGCUGACAGUGACAAGUAUGGAAUAUUGGUGUAUAGGAAAUAAUGAAAAUGGAACAGGUUUCAUUAUAGUAUUUUUGCUGGCAGUGCUUCCUACUCUUAUUAGCAGUACUCCUAUUCCAACCUCCAGAUUUGAACACUGGCGAAGUCCCUGUACGGGGCCGGAAGCAGCGUCCCAGGACAUUCCGGAUUUUAAUUUCCCAGACUUUACGCCACCGACACCUUCGCUUCCACGUACUAUCAGCGAACUUGUCUUUCAGAUGAAAGAAACAAGAGACAAAGUGCAAGAACUAAAACACAACUAUACUGAGCUUAGAGUGCAUCAGGGUGACUGCGAAAACAAUUUAGAAGCACCCUAUCUCCGAUUGGACGGAUUCCCAUCCACCCCUGCAUUUCGAGGUGCCAUGCGCAUGAUCUCAGAAAUGAACUUAACAGAUAUUUUGCUCACAGAUUACCGAAAGUUAUCCGUUGUGAUGAUCUUCGUUGAGCAAGUGCGUUGGGACGAGGAGGUAUACGAAAGAGACCAAUUUACACCCAUUCUGAACAACAUCUUCCAAGGUCUGAAGUCCAUUCUCUGUGUCUUGUCAAAUGCUCUGACGACACAGGGUUCAAAGGUCACGGAUUUUGUCAACAGAACACACUCCAUGAACCAGCGGUACAGAACGAUGUCACGGACCGAUAACCAUGACCGCGACUACAUCAUUAUGAGAGAAAGCUUCAAGUUGUUCGGGAACAUGAUUUUGAAAUACACAGCACUUAAAGAUUUCUUGUCCAACCCAAAUUAAGCACGUUCAGUUCUGUAAAGACAAAUGUGUUGUGAUUUUUCUUAUCAUCCGUUCCUAAGUUCAAAGGUUUUAUAUUUUAGAGUUUAACUGCAUUUAGAACAAACUAUAUUUAUUCCGUUUACAUCAUGUUAAAUGGCAUACGUUUAUUGAAAUAUGUCCUUUAUAAUGUUACUUUUGGGGUUCAUAGCAAUGAUCCGCCUGUGGUGUUAUUAUGUAAUGAACCUUUGCUGUUAUAACAUAUCAAAUGCCUUCUUAAUGUUGUUUGUUUACUAUUAUUUAUUUUAAAUCUUGUGUUUAUUUUAUACAUGUAUUUUAAACUAUUCUGUUUGUACAUUUUUUACACCAGACAAUCAUUAGAAAUAGGUCAUGUCGUUAUCAUAUGUGUCUUAAUACAUUUUCUAACUUUUUCCGUCAGUGUAACCAUGACAAAUCUACUCUCUUCUUAGAAACUAUUUGUGCAUGAUCUGCAAAUAGUAUUGAUAUUAUAUUUCAUAUUUAUCAACCAAACACUCAGGAAAACUUGCAGAUUGAAAUGAUAUGAUCUCUUUUUUAAGUCCUCUUUCAAUUCAUAUUCAUAUGUUGUGAAACAUUGCUUUAUUUAAUGUCUGUUACAUGCUUUAUUUUACAAUCGUUACACGUGCUGAUCUUCAUUGUGAUGUGGAAUUACAAGGGCUUUGUUGUGUUGUUUGAAGUGUAUCCAAUAUUGUUUAAGUAUUUUGAUGAACAUGUGCAAUAUGUUUGAAAUAAACAUUCUUUUCCGCUGAAAA